CAGGCCUCGUAGCAUGUCGGCCAGCUCGAUCCGAGACAUUGGUGGCUCCUCCUCGAAUAAUACCCCCGGAGCGCUCCCUCCAUGGACAACAGACCCAUCCCCCCGGAUCUACAGGGUCGAUCCAGCCAACAACUCCCCGCUCAAUGGAUCCGACUUCAAGCCCCCUAGUCAUGACGAUCUGAUCUUGCCCACGGUGGCCAGACAGAUCGAGAAACAGACUAAACUGUUGACCAUCAGUCCUACCGAGCAUCCUACCUUCUCCUCCGUCUCCUCUAACUUCUCUCAAUGGGAAGCCCUCGGCCCUCAGCUCCUCCUUCGUAAGGCUAGUCAUAAGAGAAUCGAUGGCUCCUUUGCUCAAUCUUCUACUCUUUCGGUCGACGAACCUCUCUCUUCACCACCUACACAUGACGAAGAACUCGUUGAGCCGGUCUCGCCAACUUCGGGACCAAGAGUCGGGCCAACAGGCGGCGCGGGACCAGGAAGACGGAUGAGUCGAGGGAUGAGCGGCAGUCAGGGGAGUGAGGGGGGGCGCGGAGGAGGCUCGUCGCGUCGACGGAGCAGCUAUCUGAGCCCCACCAGUCCCGGCAGACGCGGAUCGCAACAGUCAUUCUCCUCGCAUACCAACUCCUCUCGCGCGAGUCCCUCGGCUGCCAAUCGACUCGUCCUCGGCCCCGCUCCGGCUCCGUCAUCCCAUCAACCUUCCGCGCCUGAUCAAGCCCUCGACCACCCCUUCGCAUCCCCUGUUCUACUCAGACCGCUCUCCUUCCAACAACAGCAACAACAACAACAGCCGCAGCCUCAGCAAUCGCUCCCUCCCCCCGACCAGCUCGACCCCUCUUUCCCUCCUCAUCGUGCUACUAGCCCUAAUACUCAUAAUCAGUUGGAUGAUGAUAACCUUCAUCGAUUCGAUCAAGUCAGGCACCUCGAUCCUGAACCCGAAGGCUGCUGUAAAUGCAUCAUCGUCUGAUCCUCUCCCCUCAUUUCGAUCCUUCUCUCUCUCUAUCUCUCUCUGUCCGCACUUUCUUCUUCUUUUUUUUACCCGUCCUUCUGUCUUCUAUCCUUCUGUUCUGCUCGUCAAACUGAUCGUCCUUUCAACUCCUAUCUAUCUAUCAUCAUCAACACUAAUCAUCAAAAACACCGUUGUUUCCCUUCCUGAUUGGCUUGUUCCCUGUCCUGCUCCUUCUUCAACUCCUUCUUCUGCUUUUCACUCUAAUCUACUUGCUAUAACUAUUCGUGUCCUCUUCAUUCUUUCCUCUUUGCUCCGUGCUCUUCACCGUUAUCUACUUCCUCUUGUCUCGUCCACUCUUCUGUCUUUCUUCCUUCCUUUUCUUCUCUUAUUGUUGGUUCAUAUUCACUCAUCACUUAAUAAGACAUUCUAUAACAACCACUUAACAAACCAUCAUCAUGAACAAUAUCUUCUUCUUUCCUUUCUUCUUCUUCUUCUUCUUCUUCUUC